AUGAAGAGGCAGAACGUGCGGACUCUGUCCCUCAUCGUCUGCACCUUCACCUACCUGCUGGUGGGCGCCGCCGUCUUCGACGCCCUCGAGUCGGACCACGAGAUGCGCGAGGAGGAGAAACUCAAAGCCGAGGAGAUCCGGAUCAAGGGGAAGUACAACAUCAGCGCCGAGGACUACCGGCAGCUGGAGCUGGUGAUCCUGCAGUCGGAGCCGCACCGCGCCGGCGUCCAGUGGAAAUUCGCCGGCUCCUUCUACUUUGCCAUCACGGUCAUCACCACCAUAGGUUAUGGGCACGCUGCCCCUGGCACCGACGCGGGCAAGGCCUUCUGCAUGUUCUACGCUGUGCUGGGCAUCCCGCUGACGCUGGUCAUGUUCCAGAGCCUGGGCGAGCGGAUGAACACCUUUGUGCGCUACCUGCUGAAGCGCAUCAAGAAGUGUUGCGGGAUGCGCAACACGGAGGUGUCCAUGGAGAACAUGGUGACCGUGGGCUUCUUCUCCUGCAUGGGGACGCUGUGCAUCGGGGCGGCCGCUUUCUCCCAGUGCGAAGAGUGGAGCUUCUUCCACGCCUAUUACUACUGCUUCAUCACGUUGACUACCAUUGGGUUCGGGGACUACGUGGCCCUGCAGACCAAGGGCGCCCUGCAGAAGAAGCCGCUCUACGUGGCCUUUAGCUUUAUGUAUAUCCUGGUGGGGCUGACAGUCAUCGGGGCCUUCCUCAACCUGGUGGUCCUCAGGUUCUUGACCAUGAACAGCGAGGACGAACGGCGGGACGCCGAGGAGAGGGCGUCGCUGGCCGGAAACCGCAACAGCAUGGUCAUCCACAUCCCCGAGGAGGCGCGGCAGGGCCGGCCCCGGUACAAGGCGGACGUGCCGGACCUGCAGUCUGUGUGCUCCUGCACCUGCUACCGCCCGCAGGAGUACGGAGGCCGCCCGGCCGCGCAGCAGAACUCCUUCAGCGCCAAGCUCGCGCCCCACUACUUCCACUCCAUCUCGUACAAGAUCGAGGAGAUCUCACCAAGCACAUUGAAAAACAGCCUCUUCCCCUCCCCCAUCAGCUCCAUUUCUCCUGGGUUACAUAGCUUUACCGACAACCACAGGCUGAUGAGGCGGCGGAAGUCCAUUUAGGGUGUGGGGCUGCCGAGGCCGGCAGAAACAGUCCUUUGUCCGAUUUGACCUCGAGUUCCACUGGCCCACCUCGUCUGUUCUUUCUUAUUAUGAGUAUCCUUUACCGUUGUCCUCAUUCUCUUUAUUACUUUCUCUCCUUCCUUUCUCCGUGGUUUCCUCCCCCCCGCCCCCAACAUCCCCGGCGAGACAGAGCAGGCCAAAGGGAAAAGAACAUCCCGUCCUCCUCUGAAACUCGCGUCUGAGCAUGAAGCAUGGAUUUCUUCCUUCCUUCCUUCCCAGCGAAGUAUGCCUUACAUUUCUCCGCAGCCUGCCCCAUCUCUGGGGUGGCUUUCCCAGGACAGGUGUGAGACCAAGACCACCAGGCAGAGCUGAGAGGAUACCCAACCCAAAGUUGCACACCAGGCUCCCAGCCGGCCAGUGCCCACCCACGUGCUGUCUGACCUGACUCCUCUGUGUCCUCCCCUGAUCGGUGGGUGGCUGUGUGUGUGUGUGUGUGUGUGUGUGUGUGUGUGCGCGCGCGCGUGCGCAUGCAUGUGUGCACAGACCAUGUGUGAAUGAGGGAGUGCACACAUUUGUGUGCUUUUGUGUGUGUGCACCACGUGACAAAAAUGGAAAGUAUCAGGUAUUCACAGUUUUCUUUUCCGUGACAGUUCUGUUAAUAACCUGCUUUCAGCGGCUUCCAAACAAAACGGGAAACCAAAACCCACGAGGUUUUUGAUUUAUCGUUCUGCCAAAUCGAGCAUGUUCCAUAAGCGGUCUUUCUCCCAGACGUGUCAUGACCAUAUUUUUUAAAUGCUAGGUUCUAAAUUAUAUUAUUAACUUCUUUUUAGGGGGCGGGUGGGAACGAAGACACGGAUCAUCUUAGCUUGCCAGUUCAAAAAUUUUUUAGAAGCAUGCACUUUGUGAAACUGGUAUGCAUUAUCAACGCAAGAUGACAAAACUAGCAACGGAGCAGUCCAAAGCCAGUAAUAAUUUAUUCAAGGCAUUGCUAUCAUCUGCAGUUCCAACAAUUUACCAUGCAACUGGAAGUGUCAGGGGAAACUGGAAAAUUGUUGGAGCCACAGAAUACUUUGUUACUUCCCUCUUAUUUACAGGAUGGUGGUGGCGGCGGCCGUGGUGGUGGCUUGUGCGGUAUCUACCUGCAUAAGUAAGAAUUACAGUUUGGGAUGUUUGGAUGAGAAUGGGUAUUAGGUGGAUGUGGUUUAUUUUCCUAAUAAAAAAAAAUGACAGGGCAGUCCUUGUUUUAAAAAAAAUAUAUAUGUAUUUCAAGAAAGACAGUCUCUAAUUGCAUUUGAUUUGUAAAUAAGGGCGAGUCUGUGUUGGUCUCAGGAAGCGUUUAGAGGCAAGGAGCCGUGUCUUGGCCUGCUGGGAACUUGUCAAUCUCAGGGGACAGUUUUCCUGAGUAGUGGAGAACUUCCUCCCCAUCAUCCCUUUGGACGACCCAAAGGGAAGGCCUGUUAAUCUCCUGGGGGAGGACUAGGCUAUACACUGGGGGCCUUUUCUAAUGACAGGAAUAAAGACAAAUCUGGAAUUUAAGUUCACAGAGGUGACUUUCAUUUCCCUUGUCCCCUGCUGUUUCUGGAAGUCACCCGUCUUCCCAUGCCAUUUUCAUACACCAAGCGUUCAGGGCUCCUGGAUAGAAACAGGCUUUGGCUUUGGCCCAGGAGGAGCGGUGGGAGCCCCCAGGGGCGCUCCCAGAACGGAGGCUCUGCUCCCUAGAAAGAGACCUUCAAGAUUCCAGAAAGGAAAAGGCGCCGAAUGCCACCAGUCCCAAGCAUUUGGGCCAUUGGACUGAAAUGCAGGCGUCCAGACUCCUCUGAAGAGACGGGCACUGUAGUGUUUGUGGGCCACAGGGCCUGUGGGUGGGGUCUGCGAACCGCAGUACUCAACCUUCAAGGUGGUCUCGAUUCACUCAUUUGUAUAUAUAUAUUUAUAUAUAUAUAUAUAUUCAAUUUUUGGGCUCUAAAAUCUGUCCAGAGAAUAGAAGUAAUUUUUUUUUCUUAGAAGAAAAUUUUCAUUUUUGAGAGGAGGGUCAUAGGUGUGAAAAUAUUAGUGCAUCUUUGCAGAGGGCCUCAUGCUUUGGAAUCCAUGUGGGGUUUCUCAUGAAAACCUUUGUAAGAUCUGUCCUCAAAUGGGGUGUAGGGUCAUCUUUGAUUUAUAAGGGAAACUGAGGGACGAGGGGGUGAGUGGUUUGCUCAGAGCUGGUCUAAGAAGCCGACUCCUGCCCAUGGUGGCAUCUUCACUCAGCCCUCCAAUGAGGGCACCUGCUUCUCUCUGUCCACGGGUAGAUGCCUCGGACCCCUGGAGUCAGAGGAACAUGGGCUCAGCCCUCCACUCAGGGCUGCUUCCCGGACUAAGGUAUCUGUUUAAAGUGGCCUUUUUCUGUUUAAAUGCUUCCAGUGACAGGGAGAGCUCCUCCUUUCCUGAGGAAAUUGAGAAAACAUUCCAUAUUCUAUAUUUAUUUCCACAGAGCUGACUGUUCUUUAUACAAUUAAGGAUUGUGGGAUGAAGUUUUUUCUGUUCAGUGAUGACCACGAACUCAAGUAUCGGAAGCAAUGCGGAAUCUGUCUUGCUUCCAUAUCCUUCUUAGUUCUUGGUUUUUGGCUGUUGCUCAGCCCUCUGAAGGGCAGUAAGAGAAUCUUCUCUUCCAAAGUUAA